AUGGACGACCUAGCAGAAAUAUCCAGUCUGGUACUAGGACUAUCAGACCUUGAAGUAGCACUUUAUCUCUGCCUUGCUGCUCGCGAGCAUUGCCGUAUCGACGCUACGACAGACAACAUUAAUGAUGUUGCAAGAGAGCUCGCCCUGAUAUGUGUACACACCUUUGGUCUUACUUGUGUUACCGUUGACUGCUCGGAGACUACAACAUUGGAUGGAUUCUGCUCAGAACUCAUUCUUGCGAAUGCUCGAAACUCGGCUGGCCCGAACGAUGCGGAGAACAGGGCGGCAAACGUCGUUGUAGCCAAGAACUUCGAUCACGCUGCUGACAGGAUACAGCUCCAAGCUCUUGAGCUGAUGCGCUCUAAGAAACUCAAUACAUACAAUGGCUUCCUUCAGGCCCCAGAGGACUUCCUCUUCAUACCGCUUGUUAUGCGCAAGACAGAACAUGAUCAGCCAGCUUUAAACUUUCAUUUGAAUGACCACCUCAUUAUCUCCCAUUUCCACGGUUCUAGGGACAACUUUAUUUACUUAGAAGAGAAUAACGACUGGCUCUCUGAUGGCCAGAUGUCGGCAUCGUCUGUUGUGCGCAAACCAGAAGUACCACUGCACAAGGGACACCCAAGUAUAGACCGACAGGCUUUGGACAAAUUACAGAAAGCCAGUGACUGUGUAACUAUGGGCGCGGAUGUAGUUCGGUAUCAUCAAGACAUCAUUGUGUUUCUCCGUCUCAGUCGCGCAGUUGCUGGAGGAAUAUCCGCACGAUCAAACGUCUAUUUUAGGAAACUCUCAAAGUUGCUCGCUGCAUUGCAUGGAAUUGAUUAUCUCACGCCAUCGAUAGUAGCCUUAGCUGCGAAGAAGGUCUUCCGCCAUCGAAUUAUUGUGGCUAAACCGGAAGAUGAUCGCAGUUUGCAAUAUGGAAGCGACUUAAAAGCGGUAGCCCAAGUUCUAUCUUAUGCUACUCCUGAUACUAUCCUGGACAGUGUCUUGACACUGGAAGCUCCCUUAUGA